AUGUCGAGUAUUAAAAGCCCACUGAGGUCAUCCCAAGAUGUGGAGAAUCAGCUUGUUGGACAGAAUAAUGAGGAUGAAUAUAGCUCCCGUUGGACCUUGACACACAUUAACCAAUCUCUGCUCUCUCUCCCUGAUGAUCCAAUGUGGAACUCCUUGAUCUGCGCUCUUGUAUUAAUGGCUAUUGUGUCGGUAGCAGUGGACUUUGAUAAUAUAUUGACAAACAUCUUCGAUAUUGUCUACAAUAUUGUAUACGCUCUCCAUGUACUGACCAUGGCGUAUAGUCAUAUGAUCAAUUCGGAUGAUUGUAUCCACUAUAAUGUUCCGUGUUCUGCUUCUGCCUUUUGUUUACUAAAAUGGAGAUUCGUUGGUUACAUUUCCAAAAAAAAAAUUGUAGCUGGUUUCCUGAUAGAUGCGAUCACAUUCUCGCACUAUAUAUUGGACGACGCGAAGUCCUCAUUGUUCAAGCUGAUUUGUUAUUAUUUACGAUUACAUCGACCAUUUCGAUAUCUAUGGUCAAUGAACGAUAAUAAUCGUCACGGUAGUGUGGUCGGAACUACACUGAAAUAUUGCUACAUUUUCUUAGUUCUCCGUCUCUCUUGGGUGCUCAUCUGGUUACACAUAGACAAGAUGGAAAGUCAGUAUACGAAACAAAUACGUCGUACCAUGUCCGAAAUGCACUACAAGCAGCUGAGAGGCGCUGAAAGAUUUGAAGACUCUUUGCCAAGACGUUUUAUAAGUGCUAUCUAUGUCAUCAACAAAAUGUUUAUACCAAUAGGACCAUCAAUCGCCCCGGCGAACGAUCUAGAACGUGUCAUCUGCCUUCUGGUAAUGAUGACCGGCUGCUUGGUUGUGAUCGGCGCGGCAGUGGCAUCACUGUCUCUAGUCAUCGGCAUAUACAUGAGGCCGGAGGAAACCUUCCGGACAAGAUAUCGCCUAAUCAUGAAAGAAAUGCAAGUAUCAAAUAUACCUGUGAGUUUGCGUGACAAAGUGGAGAAGUUCUAUAAGAUGUACUGGCACAAGCAGCGCGCGGUGUCUGUUACAAAAUUACUGCCGCUUUUCCCACCAUCAUUCACCGCCACUAUCUAUACUGAUAUUUACUUUAAGGCUACGCAGAAGUGUCGGAUGCUCCGUGACCUGUCCUACCAGUUUCUAUCAGAAGUAUCCAAGAAAAUGGAAACAAUACACUACAUACCAGGAGAUACGAUUAUCAAGAGGAAUCAUAAGAAAUCCGCCACCAUUUACAUCACUUACGGCGACGUCGAAAUGUUAACAGCGGAAGAUGAUUGUACAGCGAUGUUACGAAUGAUCCGUGGUACCAUCCUGUCUCCCUGUGCGGGCAGUCCCGUCACAGCGUGUGGUCGAGCCCACGUGGAGAUCAGAGCAGCUACCUUCUGUACUGCGCAUGUCCUAAAUACUGCGGACUUGUGGAGGAUUGUCCUUAAAUAUGGCAAGAUGACUGGUCAGGGUGCGAGUGCCUUAAGGACUUUUAAUGAACAUUUCGAGAAAGUCAAGAAACAUUACGAUACGCGAAUACCUGAUGAAGCUAAAUAUAAAAGUAGUAUUCUACAUUUCAAGCGUAAUUUAAUGGAUCUAAAGGAGUCAAAGGACGCUGCCGGAAAUCGCCAGCUUUCUCAAACUGAUAUUAUGAUUGAGAUCGCUGGUUGUUACAUCAUGAGAAAUAGAGCAGAUGCAUCGCUAACAGACGAAGCGGACGCGAUUUGUCUCCGACCGACUUUCCCAUGUAUCUUACAACCUAAAUCCUCAUUACAAGUUGCCUGGAAUUCCUUCGUCACAGUACUUAUUAUUAUUGUUUGUAUUACGCAUCCUUAUUACUUGGUGUACAAGAAAAAAGUGCCACUGGAGUUUAGGUUUUAUGACUAUGUCGUAACAGUGAUUUAUACAUUGGAUCUGAUUGUCUAUCUUUCGACAGGUGCCAAUGUGGAAGACGGAGUACCAAUAACGCUUGCUCAGACAUCAUCUCAACAAGCCCGCAACAAGUGGUUUGUGCUGGAUAUUAUUGGUACAUUGCCCAUUUUCGAGUUCAUUGGUGACGGCCAUUUUGCUGGACUCAAUAAACUCUUAAGGUUGUCGAAGGUCUUCCGAAUGCUAAAGUCACUAGAGGACGAGUGUGUGUAUCACAGUAACUUCCUAAGAUUUAUGUCUUAUUCCCUCCUACUGCUUCUUUCUUGCUAUUUUUUGGCGGCACUGCAACAGGGAUUUAUGUGUUUUCAAUUUGGUUAUUGUCUGGUUUCAAAUUUUACACAUGCACCUUUUUGGGAGAACCAACCUUUGGAUGAGGAUACAGUUGAAAAUAGAAUUACUUUUGGGCUAUACUGGGCGAUCUCUAUGAUUACUUUUACGACUCACAUGGAAACUUGGGGCAUUGAGAACUUAAACAACGUCCUCUACACGAUGUUCGUUUUAGAAAUUUGCAUCGUCCUUUAUAUAUCGAUCGAAGCGAUCUAUUCCGCUACUAUUAUGGUCACGACAGCUCUAAGGGAAGAUUACGAGUCAUGUAUAGAAAAUGUAGCAAGUUUUUUGGUAAGGAACGAGGUGGAUCCGAUUAUCAGCCAGCGGUUUAUUGAAUAUUUACAGCUGCGUUGGUAUACGGAUAAGGCUUAUUCAAUAACAAAUCAACAAAGCUCAAUAUUUUACGAUUUACCGGCGCACGUGUAUCAAGACAUAGUUACGAGACAGAGGAGCAAGUACAUUCUCUGCAUACCAUUUAUGAAGUUGAUUAAUAAAGAAGAUUUGAAGAAUAUAUCUUCAAAGGCGAAGUUGUUCUGCACAUCUCCAAACGAGAUUCUAUUGAACACCGGAGACAUGGUCAACGAGAUGUACGUCGUUAAGCGCGGAAUAUGCGAGGUCAUUAGUCCGGAUACCAAAGAAGUCGUCGGUGAACUGAAUGGUCGGAGUCAUUUUGGAGUUUUCGUUUGUCUUUUGCGUCUACCAGCAUUUUACACAAUACGUGCAGUGACAUACGUAGAAGUAUUUUCAAUAUCAAGAAAAUAUUUAUUAAAUGUAAUCGAUAUACCUCAAAUAAGUGAUGCCAUACAUUUCGUCAAGGAACAGCCUCUAUAUCCGCGUGUACAAAUACGUCGAGAAUCAUUCAUGAGCUACAAGACUCCAGAACCGGCGCCAAGUUUUGAAAAAUUUCGUGAGCCGAGGAAGUUUGAACAGGACAAUGCUUUUCUUCAACCGUUUUAUCGAUUGGGAUUACUUUCAUUUUUGAGGUACAUUUUUCCUCGCUUCACUAUCCGGCCAGACAGUCGCUACGUGGUCCAUCACGAAUGGUUUCGAGGAUGCUGCGCGAUCCUAUCUGCUAUGGUGUAUCCUGGCUAUACGUACCUGGUUAUACAAUGGCCCUGGCUUUACUUCUUUGCUACGAUGCUUGACUUUUCUGCGUAUUUUGAUAUAUUACAACGCAUGUUGAUUGGUUAUUACAACGAUAGGGGAAUUCUAGUGUAUCACCCCGCAAGUACCACAGUACAUUAUCUCAGAGGGGCUUUUCUGACGGACCUCUUUGGGUGCUUACCCUUAGAACGACUAGAAACGUCUUGGAAGGAAUCAUUUCAGGAUAAGUAUAGAGAAGCGCCAGCGAAACAAUUUCUAAUGUUAAAUCGAGUUCUGCAAUUGUACAGGAUGCCGAGUGCCUUGCUUGGUCUGAACGGUCUCAUACGCCGAGAUCUUUUGCUUGUUAUUAAAGCUAUCCCGUUGUUCUUAGCAUUACUGAAUGUAUUGACUUGCUUUGUGGUGUACUCCUCUGCUAACAUAUUCUACACAAUUGAAAGUAGUUCUUGGUUUAUCGUACCUCACGAUGAUAAAGGCGGUUCUUGGAUACAACUUUUUAAUUCCACGUUUCGUUUCAAUCUGACUGAAUCACCUUGGAAUCUUCACCUUGGUUCCUAUUUUUGGGUCGUCUACGAAACCACUACGACAGGAUAUAGUAGCUUUAAGCCGUCCAACUUCAAUAUUAUGCGAGUGCUAAUUACGGGUACAACUUUAGGAGCACUUAUCACAACGUAUUUCUCUGUGCGAAUAAUUAGUAUUCGAGCAAACGUUAAUAAGGCAUUAGCUUCAUUUCAAGAGCACAUCAAAGAUAUAAGGGUGUUUAUGAACAGGGAGAAUCUCGACUCUCAACUGCAAAAGCAAGUACUGGAUUAUUACGAAUAUAAUUGGGACAAAAUGGGAGGCCUGGAUUACAGGAAUGUGUUAAAAUUGUGUGAACAAAUCACCUUACGAACUGAUGCCAUAUUACAUAUAUACGGAGCAACGUUUAGCCAAUGCCCAAUUCUUAACCAGAGCGAUGUAUCUCUCCUCCGUACAAUUGGACGUGCAGUUCGUAGCUUCUAUUUCACGAAAGACACAACAAUCAUAGACGUCGAUGAUGUUAUUCCCGAUAUUUACAUUGUUGAUAAAGGAAGUGUGGAAUUAAAUGAUGCUAGGGAUAUUGAUAUUUCGAUCACACUUGGAAAGGGAAGUAUGUUUGGUAAUUUGCACGGAGAUACGAUACGAUGUCCAGUGUCUAUAACCACGAACAACCAAGUACACUUGUUGCAAAUAAACUCGCAAGGAUUCUUCAAUAUCAUCAAAGAUUAUCCAGCUGUUUUUGAACUUUUAAAUUAUUAUCGUCCGACGAACGAGAACUAUAUAGCUGGUAUUGGAACCAAUAUACCAAUCCUUACAAAAGAUCACAGUGCGACUAUCUCGACCAUUAUACGCGAGCAGAGAUUUUUCAGAUACUUAAAUAUUAGACAGUACAUCAUGAGGAUCUACUUGAUCAUUGUUUCGUUGUUUUGUAUCUAUGCCGAUGUUUAUAACGCGGGCUUCCAAGAUAACAGGCCCUUGUUGAUCUCAGCUCUUUAUUUAUUCGAUUUUUGCUUCUUAUGGAAGUUUUUUAUUCAAUAUUAUUUGCCGAGAUUAGUUGAAAUCGAUGACGAUGAUGUGUUAAAUAAUUUGAUGAAGAAUCGAGUGAAAUAUUACAAAGCGGAAUUUAAGUUUGAUGUGAUCUCAUUCAUACCGUUUGAAAUUCUUAGUUUGUUCAACAAAAAUAACACUAUGAUGGCAUUUUCUUGCCUAAGGUUAAAUAGAUUAUUCAGAAUCGUGACCGUGUAUAAAUGUUUGAAUCGUCAUCAUCGGCGAAUAUCUAUCAACUUGACGAUAUCUACCGCUCUAACGGUUUUGAUUUGGUUCACCAUAUUCGUCCAUAUCGCCGCCUGCCUCUGGCACUUCAUCGGAGUGCUGGAGGAGGAGACGGCUCCGAAAUCCUCGUGGAUUUAUAAUGAUAUGGGUAAGCCUUGGUGCCACAGCUACUAUAUAUGUUCACUGUACUUCGUCCUGACGACCUUCACACAAAAUGGAGUUGGAGACAUACUGCCCAAGAAGCAAUCAGAGGUGGUGUUCGUAUCAAUACUGCAGCUGAUAUCAACGAUGAUGUUCAUGGUGUACGUCGGCGAACUCUCCAACAUAAUACAGUAUCAGUCAUUCCGAUCGUUUAAUUUCUAUUCAAGUUAUUUGGAACUACAGGAGUUUCUUAAGAAUAAUCGUGUGUCCAAAAACUUGGUGUCUUUGGUGAACAAAUACUCGCUCCAUCUCUGGCGAGAUUCUCGCGGCUUGCAAGUUCCACAUUUUUUAAAGACAGCUCCGUAUUGUUUCAAGCUGAAAGUUAUGUCUGCUGCCUACUUGUAUCAUCUUAACGAUCAUCAAAUAUUCAAAGGCUGCGAGCCCGCAUUUCUACGGCAACUGGUCGGGUUGCUUCAAUUAUACACGUAUAAUGAAGAUAUGUAUGUUGUUAAAAACAGCGAGAUUACCGAUUCAAUGUAUUUUAUACACUCAGGACGUGUGACGGAAAUAUCUACUGGGUCAAAUAAAACUAAAUUAUUUCACGAAGGAGAAUCUUUCGGAGAGAUACAAGGUCUAAUCUACGAUACGCCGUAUUUGCGAUCGUAUAAAACGGCUAUUCAGUCACAAAUUCUUACCCUAUGUCGCAGAGACUGGGAAGAUCUUUUAAAACAUUUUCCUAGAAGUAAAGAUAAUAUAUACAAGUUUCUGAAAACUGAAGGCUCUGUUGAUGAUGGUUUUAAUGGUGAUGAUAGACCGGAUGGAAGCAAGAAUGUCGUUAAUUCAAUGAAAAAAGAUGAUUCGCCUUCUAAUCCUCCUACCUUACCUUUACCUUUAGUUUCUUCAGAAAAAUCUUCAUUUCUAUCUACUUCAACGCAAGAUAAAUCUACAAGAAAUGAAAUUUCUGAUAAAUUUGAUACUCCUCCAGGCCCUAGUAACAUUCACAGAUCAGAAACAGUAGAAAAAUUAUACGCUGACAAAAUAUCACACGAAAGUUCUUUUAGUAAUGUUGCUAAACCUAAAUCAGAAGAAUUAUUACCUCAAGCAAUGGAUGACAGCUUGAGUGACUCAUCCAAAACAGUUUUGAAAGUUGAAGAUAGCGAUCUAUUAAUAGAUUACGAGAAUAUGGAUAUUACAGAGUCUCUCCCUCAUGAUAAUGAAAAAAAAAUAAAACACAAACAAUAUAUUAAUCAACAUAAAAAUUCACGAGCGAUGCAGAGUGUAGAAGAUUAUAUCAUUGAAAAACAUGGCUAUAGUGAAGCAGCUAGUUCACAAGACAUACAAUCGACGAAGCGUAAAAUUCGUGUUAGAUAUAGAGAAAAUAAUUCAUCGCCUCGUCUACAAGAGAAUUAUGAACUCAAACCAAUAAUAAAUAUGACGGCUGAUGAACGUAAUCUUAAAUCUCUUGACAGUGACAUGCAACCGACACAAAAAGUCGAAGAAACUGACUCAGUUAAAGACUCAUUAUCUCAUGAUAGUAUUGAAUCACUUAAACCAAGAACUCGUAGUCCUAAAUAA